AUGUUAAGCUUGAAUCAAGAAGUACACGGACCAAAAACUUCCGAGGUUUAUGGUUUUGUAGGAUCUAUUUCGAUUGUUGUUGCCACUGUGAUCUUCUUAAUUUGGGGAUAUGUACCAGAUAAGUUCUUAGAGUCCAUAGGCAUUUAUUACUACCCGAGCAAGUACUGGGCCAUGGCGAUGCCGAUGUAUUCGAUGGUGACUCUGUUAGUAGCUUUGGUGUUUUACAUUGGUCUCAACUUCAUGUCUACUUCAAAACCAACCUCUCUCAAUACUUUGUUUGAUGACUACAGUAGAGAAGAUGUGAAUUUUCUUCCUUUGAUGAAGAAUGGGGAAGACAGGCCAAUAGAUCCAAUCUCUGACAUUGAUAUUACAAGAAUCAACGAUCUUAUGUUCGAUUCACAUCUUGCCAAGUGAUGGCCUUUGUUCGAAUUUCGCUUAGGUAAGUAACAGGAACAAAUGAAUGUUCUUCAAAUUCAAAGGAAAAACUGGAUCAUUUGGUGUUACAAAGUUGAAGAUAUGAUGGUUGUUUCUGUGUGUAUAUGUCUCUAUUUUUACAUCUAGAGUGUUGUUGUGAAGCGUAGAUAGAUAUGUGUGUGAGUGAUACAGGCUUUAGAAUCUUGUGGAGAGAUAUUGGUUUUGGUGUUUACAUGAAAAAACAUUUUUGCUGCUUUUGAGUAGUAAACCAGGCUUUGGUUCAGACCUUCUGAGAGAGAAUGUGAUUUUGAGUAUUAUUUAGAAUAUGUUACUUGAGCUAAAGCACAAGAAGAGAGCUAUUGGAGUUUUUGUAAGCGAUCUAGUAAUUCCAUUUUUCUAUUUCCUUCUUAGAGUGCUUUGCUUAUAUAAAUAGGGAUGAGAACUAGUUUCUGAGACUUGUUUAAUAGAAGAGAGCUUUUGGAGGUCUUCAUCGGGUUAGGCCGAAAGGAGAUAACUUAGUUCUUCUGGUUCAGUUUUAACAAAGAGAGGUUUUAGCUUUUAAG